AUGUCGACUAAAAGAGUCAACUUUCGACCAUUUGAGGCCGAUACUGACUCUAGUCCUCUAGAACCGGAAGAGAAAGAGCCGAUGGUUCUAAACAGUGAGGAAUACAAAAUAGAGCAUCUUUGUAAUCCAAAUAACGACAUAUUUUCAAAACUAGAGCCUGAGCUUCCAGGUGAAGCGGAAAAUAGUUCUCCGAUGCGUUCUUUAACGAUUGCACCGAAAUUAUCGAAAUCAAUGCCUAUGCUUCAAUAUAAAAAACUUCAUCUUAAUAAAAACUUCUUAAGCAUUACAGAGAGUACAUUUCCGGAUGCUUAUCCAGAAUGCCAUUACGAUAUUGAUUCACAUCAAACUCAAGUCGAAUUAAUUUGUAAAAUUCCUUCUUUCGUAAACAAUGACAAAAGUUUGAUGAUUGCCAUUAAGGAGCUUCUAGAAAACAUCCCGUACAACGAAACAAAUGUUAUUGAGAUCGUUCAGAAAGCUUAUACUGAAUCUGACCCUUUAUUACUUGUUUAUAACAGAGAUAUCCUUAUCCAAUUAUAUCUAGACUAUAUAGAUGACUUGGAGAUCUCGGAUCUUCUCAUCCAACCCUUAACAAAGCUAUUAUUAUUCACAUCUCAUUUCAUUUCAACAAAAUUUUGUGUGCGCGAUGUUGGAUAUCUCGCUUUACACGCUUCCGAUAACGUUUCAACCCAAUACAGAGAGUUUUUCGUCGAAUUAAGCGAAACGUUAAGUUGUGACUUUAUUGAUGAAGGAUUGCAGAGUAUAUUAAUAGAAACGCUUAAGGUUUACCAUGAUAAGAAUGUUUUAGAUGUUCGCUGGGCUCUGAUGAAUUUGGAAAAAACUCAAAUUAUUUCAUCAGAUAUGAAUGAACCAUCAUAUACAUUUACGUUAAUGAAACCUCAGUAUGAUAUGCAACCAAUUGUUGAGAACACAAUUCCCGACCAAAAGAAAAUUUUGAAAAUUAUUUACGAAUCUGCAGGAAAAGCAGAAACAGUACUCAGAUCCGUAGAGAACCAUGAGAUUGUUGCAAGCUGGGUUACUUAUUUCCAAACAACUCAUAUGCUUUACAAACAAUUAUUUUUAGAUUACUCGCCAGCAAAAAUUACUCAAGCAGGAUCGUUAUUUGGCAAAUCAUUGUCAGCAUUAACCAAGUUUGGCCCGAUUUCCGGCAAAUUACAUCCAGAUUUACCAGAUCUUGUAUCAAACAUCGUUUUGAACGUUUCUAUCAUCGACGAAUACAUCGCUCAUAACAGAACAGGCUUUAUACUACUUACAAACUUGAUGAACGCUCUCUCAAGUUCGAUUACAAAAUUACAUGAGUAUCAUAUGACGAUACAAGACCCUUCUGAAGCCGGAAUGUGUUCUAUUCUAUUCUGGAACUUAGUAAAAAUCAGGUCAUACCUCAAUCAUCCCCAAAUUACCAAACAAAAAAUUCAUUCCAUCGGACCAUUCUUUAUUUUGUUCGCGCAAGGGGCUUCCAGUUAUUUGGCAUCAAUAUGCGAGGUCACAGCCUUCGAGUUGUCCAAUGUAAAUGCUUCUCUCAACACUGUUCAGCUCGCAUUUAUCGAAGCAGACAGUUCCCUCCAUAAUUUGUCAAGCGCUUGUAUCCGAGCUGAAAGGAGAUUCAAAGAUACACCUCAGAGAGCGUUUGCAAGACAAUGGUCGACAUAUGCGAAUAAUCUUGCCAGUUGCAUCAGAUCUCUCUUCUCAGAACCAUCGGUAGAGAAGUGUAUAUCACAACUGACAGACGUUAUAUCGAUAUUAAGCCAAUUAAAGGCAAAAGCUAAUAUUCUUGCUAUCGAAAACGAAUACAACACUACAACUGAAGCUAUUAACCAUCUAAAUUCAGUACUGCAUACAGUUCGGUAG